AUGAUUCCUCGAAUAAUAUAUAGAAAAUAUUUCGUUGCGUCGGUGGUAUUGACGGUGAUAAUUCUUGCAAUUGUUCACGGAAAAGGCCAAUCCGGUAACCUCACCACAAGUUCUAACAAUAAUAAACAGAAUAGCAACCCAGAAGAACCGGAGAAUGUCGAUGCCCCUUCAAGUUAUGGCGAAAAUAUCCAGAAUUUGAUUGCAGGUGCCGAGACAAACAACAAGAUUUGGUCGGCAUUGACUGAUGGCGAAGAUUCCAUAGGCAGCAAGUUAUAUGAUUACUUGUUCACCGACUCGACCUCUGAAGAUGGAUAUAAAAAACAAAAUACCGAUGAAUUUGGAAGCGAAUUUCAUAAACCAACAAUAGAUGAUUCGCUAAGCUUUAAGAACUUCAUUUAUGACUUGUUUGAGAAAGUUUUUGAGUUGAAACCCGAUUGUCCAGACUUGAAGAACUUUUAUAGAAAAAAUAGUGAUGGGGAGAUCAUAAAAGUGCCGACUUCAGGAAUGGACGAUAUAGGGAACCCUAACAAACAAAUUUACUCCAUUGAAUAUUUGAAAUCGAUUAUUAAUAUUCCUGAAGAUGAUGUUUUGGAAUUAGCAACCAAGCACUCGAAAUUCGCCAAGUUUGUCAAAGCUUUAAAAUUGCCAUUUGAUUUCUACAAGCCAAAAUCAAGUGGGAUUGUUUACGUUGGCGGGGGAAAAUUUACCUGGUUUGCGUUAUUGUCAAUUCAGAAUGUCAGAAAAACCGGGUCAAAUUUGCCAAUUGAAUUGUUUAUCCCAACAGAAGACGAAUACGAAUACGUGGUAUGUGAGGAGAUUUUACCAAAGAUGAACGCCAAAUGUGUUUUGAUGUAUGAAUUCCUUAAAGACCCAGUAGAUGGCAGCCGACAAAUCUUUGGUAAUGCGGAAUUUAAAGGAUUCACUUACAAAUCAUUAGCGCUUCUACUUUCCAGCUUUGAAAACAUUUUGCUUUUGGAUGCUGAUAACGUUCCAUAUUAUAAUCCUGAUUUACUAUUCAUCAGCGAGCCAUAUACCUCUCAUAAGUUUAUUCUUUGGCCAGAUUAUUGGCAACGGUCAACUUCACCAUUCUUUUAUGAUAUUGCCGGUAUUGAUUUAUUCAAAUUGAAUGAGCAAGAAUACAGCUCCAAGGAUCAAAUUGAAUCCAGGAUUCCGUUGCACAAGUUGCAAGGCACCAUUCCAAAUCCUUCUACUGAAUCAGGUCAAUUGUUGAUUUCCAAGUCUGCACAUUGGGAUGUAUUAUUGUUGUCUCUUUACUAUAACAUUUAUGGUCCAAAGCAGUAUUACCACUUAUUUUCUCAAGGGGCUGCUGGACAAGGUGAUAAAGAAACUUUCCUUGCCGCUGCAACUGUUUUGAAAUCGAAUUUCUACCAAGUUACCAGUAAAGUCAGUGCUAUUGGAUACUUCAAGAAAACUGGUGGAAGUUACCGGGGUACUGCCCAAGGGCAAAAAUCUCCAAUGGAAGAUUAUCAAGUGUAUCAAGUCAAGCAGCAAUUGAAGAAAUACUACAAAGGAUUAAAAGAUGAAGAUAUCCUGGGAGAUCCUGCUGUAAAUAAGGUUAUCAGAAAGUUUGCAUACGAUGAGGAAUUGAGCGAUGAGGAAACUCUGUUGUUGCAUAUGUUCAACAACAUCAAACAACCCUCAGUUUUCUUCAUUCAUGAAUCUACUCCGAAGUUGGAUCCAAUAAAACUUAUCCACGACGCUGAAUUUAUCAAUGAUGAGAUUACUGAUCCUAUUACUGGAGAGCCUGCACGUAUCAGAUUCUAUGCCAACUAUAUCACCAACAAGGAAAAUUACAAGUUUGAAAAAUUACAAAUGGACUAUAUUUAUGAAUACUUGUGUGAAAGAAAACUAAUUAUCAGAUUCAUUGAGGAGCAAAUAACAGGGCUAUACUUGGAUAAGGGGAGAGAGUUCGACGUUGUUGAAUUUUGUGGGAAGUUGGAAGAACAAAUCAAGUGGUUGGAUGGCAUCGUAUUCGAAAAUUGA